GAAAAAAUUGUAUGAAAAAUUGAAAGUGUUUUGCAUAAAAGCAAAUCCAUAUUUUUGUGAGUUUUCAGAUUACAAAAAGUGAGCAGAUGCAUGAAUUUUAGCACGCAUCAAUUCCAGGGGUGGGGGCGUGAGUGUCUAUUAGCCCCCUGUCACGUGUCUCGUAAAAAGACAAUAGACCUUCAAUAAUAGACCACCCAUUCAAGGAAAUAAAUCAUGAAAAACAUGGCGGCCGUUAAGUAUGUCAUCUUCUCUUUGCUAAUAUUCCUCAUCCUCGCUUUCAUCGCCGGUACAGACUCUUAUAGGUAUUGCGAUGUUACUCAAGAAAGGAAACUUCGGUCAUUAGUACACCAAGGCUAUAUAAACAGCGAAAAUUUAGAAUGUUUGCUUCGUACGUUCGCACAUCAACACAGAAAUAUUGCUCGACUCCAUCCAGUUGGAACGUCAGCAUUGAAGCGUGAGUUACUGGCUAUGCAGAUCACCGACAAUCCAUACGUUAGGAAGCCAGGAAAACCUAUGUUUAAAUACGUUGGAAACAUGCACGGUAAUGAAGUGGUAGGAAGGCAAGUUUUGAUCUAUCUCAUCGCUUAUUUACUCGAGAAUUAUGGAAUAAAUCACCGUGUCACGAGAUUGGUUAACACCACAGAUAUAUUCAUUAUGCCGUCUAUGAACCCAGAUGGAUUUGAGAAGGCAAAAAAAGGAUGUUCCGGAAUAAUUGGACGAUAUAAUCACAAUGGCGUCGAUCUUAAUCGUGAUUUCCCCGAUCAAUUUAAUAGCUGGGACAAGUACGACAUAAAUUCAGCACAGCCAGAAACUCGAGUUAUGUUGCGGUGGAUUCGUGAACAUCCUUUCGUACUGUCGGCGAAUUUACACGGCGGGGCACUGGUAGCUAGCUAUCCUUUUGAUAGCAACGAGAACCAUACAGAGACUGGUGAAUACAGUGCAACGCCAGAUGAUGAAAUCUUUAGACAUUUAGCUAGCACAUACGCGACAAAUCACAAGACAAUGAGUAAACAGGGAGGGCACAGGGAUGAGUUUAAAGGCGGCAUCACCAAUGGUGCCUACUGGUAUGAUGUCCCAGGGGGCAUGCAAGAUGUGAAUUACUUGAUAAGUAAUUGUUUUGAAAUCACGCUUGAAUUGUCUCGGUGCAAAUACCCACCCAGAUCGCAUUUGCUGACAGAGUGGUAUAACAACAGAAAGGCUCUUUUGACAUAUAUGGAGCAAGUGCAUCGGGGUAUUAAAGGAUUUGUAAAAAACCAACAUGGAGGUGGUAUUCACGGAGCCGUUGUUCAUGUUCAAGGACUUGACAAAAAUGUAACAACAGCAUUACCUGGUGACUUUUGGCGAAUUUUGUUACCGAGAAAUAAUUACACAGUCACGGCUUGUGCUUCAGGUCACAGGUGCAAAACAGUGCAUAAUGUUAGAGUCAGCUCUGGGGAUGCUACUGAGUUAGAAUUUGUCUUAGAAAGAGAUAAACAUAGCCACAGAAAUAACUUCAGAAUGUCUACAUGUGAUAUUCCAUGGUUGAGGAAAAGGACUUUCAGAACCAAGCGAGACUUGUCGUCUAGCCUUCAAGCAUUGGACCCAAAUGUUGAAGUUCCAUUCACAAGUAUUCCAACUACAAGUAAAGGAUUUACUCAACUUGUUAAUGACUGGGAGAAACCAAGAAUCUUUAAAAAUCAUAACUACAAUGACAUGACAACAUUUCUUCAGACUAUAGCAAAGUUAUACCCAAACAUUACUAGACUGUACACCAUUGGAAAAUCAGUUCAAAACAGGGAGCUCUGGGUAAUAGAAAUUACUGACAACCCGGGAAUGCAUGAAGUAGGAGAGCCGGAGUUUAAAUAUGUAGGAAACAUGCAUGGUGAUGAAGUGGUUGGAAGAGAGACUCUUUUACUCUUAAUUCAAGCUCUUUGUGAGAACUAUCACAAAAUCCCUGUUGUAACAGCACUUGUGGAUUACACUCGCAUUCAUAUCAUGCCGUCAAUGAAUCCUGAUGGGUACGAAGUGGCCAACCGUGAAAAUGCCCAUAAUGUUGACUUGAACAGGAACUUUCCAGAUCAGUUCUUUCCUUACCUGAACAGAAAUCAUGAGCCUGAAACAUCUGCUGUUAUGAGAUGGAUCACUUCUAUUCCAUUUGUGCUGUCAGCCAACCUUCAUGGGGGCUCCAUUGUUGCAAAUUACCCAUUUGAUGAUACACCAUCAGGACGGCAAGGCUAUAGCAAGAGUCCAGAUGACCUUGUGUUUCGACAAUUAGCACUCUCAUACUCUAAAGCACAUCCAACAAUGAGUGCAGGACGUCCCUGCCCUGGCUAUGAUGAUGAGUAUUUUAAAGACGGCAUUACUAAUGGUGCAGAAUGGUACAUUGUUAAAGGUGGCAUGCAAGACUACAAUUACGUCCACUCAAACUGCCUUGAACUUACCAUAGAGAUGAGUUGUGUGAAGUUUCCUGCCCAGUCUAAGCUGAAGUCAUACUGGGAUGCCCACAAAGUUUCUCUUUUAACAUUUAUGUCUCAAGUUCACACUGGCAUCAAAGGAGUCGUAAAGAAUGACCAGGGGACAGGAAUCAGUCACGCAACCAUCUCUGUCUCAGAAAUAAGGCAUAACAUCACUUCUGCACAUGAUGGAGAUUACUGGAGACUUGUUGUCCCUGGUAAAUAUUUCAUCACUGCCUCUGCUCCAGACUACAUUUCUGAGACAAAAAGUGUUGUUGUAUCUGCUGGUCUUGCUACAGAAUUGAACUUUGUACUGAAACAAGUUGUUCAGCCUACAAUUUCCACAACCACCAUCGCUGCUCAGACCUCCACGGCCCAAACACUCUUUCCAGUUGAGACAAAACUUUCUUCUGAAGAAACCCAGUAUUCUCAGAAAAGCUCUGUUCUACUGCCAACUUCAAGUGCUGCUGUUCCGUCAAGUUCUGCAACAUUAAAAUCAACUGUUACAAAUACGCAAGUUCCAUCUCAAGUUCCAUCACAAGACUCUUCUGUACAUUAUUCUCAGCACAACUACAAUCAGAUGACCUCCUUUCUUCAAGAGCAAGCCAGCAAGUGUGCAAACAUUACCAAGCUGACAACAAUUGGAACAAGUCAGGGAGGAAAGCUGAUUUAUUCCUUAGAAAUCACUGAGGAUGUGGGACUUACUCAGAGAAAGCCUCGUGUUGGCCUAGUUGGAAGUUUACAAGGGACUGACAUAGUUGGAAAAGAGCUCCUUCUUAAAUUAGUGGGACACCUGUGCAAUGCUUAUCAACAAAAGGAAGCAAGCAUCAUAAAGCUUGUUCAAACAACAGUGCUGCACAUUGUACCUGCUGUGGAUGUGGAUGGAAAUGAAAAGGCAACUGAAGGAGACUGUAAUGGAACCUUGGAACCUAAGGAUGACUUAUCCAGGAGCUUUUAUUACAACUUAACCCAGAGCGAAAAGAGUUCAUUACCUAAGAAUAUUGAGGAGUUUCUCAAAUCAGCUGCUGAUGAACCUCAAGAGGUUAAGCAUGUGAAGUCUUGGAUGAAAGAUAACAACUUUGCUCUUGUGGCAGACUUCAGUGGAGGAGAAAUGCUAGCAAGGUAUCCCUUGAGUGUUCACAUGACUAACAGCGAUUCUGUGAAAGGUUCUGUAACGUCAGAUGACAGCUUGUUUAGAGAGCUUGCUCUUGGCUAUUCCAAGAAACAUCCCACAAUGCACCUUGGAAAAGGCUGCAGUGAACUGGCGGCAGGGUUUCCGAAUGGAAUUAUGAGUGGAGCACAGUGGAAAGAAAUUCAUUAUACAAUGCAAGAUUAUGCGUACUUGAGUCUUGGCACUCCACAGCUCUCUUUCUUCAUUUCCUGUUGCAAGUACCCACCAACUAGAGAACUAGUCAAGAUUUGGGAGGCAAAUCGUGAACCACUUUUAGGAUUCUUGAGUAAAUCACAUCAAGCUGUACAGGGGGUUAUUCACACCUUACAUCACCGUCCACUGAACAGCACAACAGUGACCAUUAAGGGCUCAAAUUCAGUCAUUACUCUCAAACAAAAUGGUCCUAACUUCUACAGACUGCUAGCAAAGGGGCAGUACAAGAUCACUGCGCAAGCUCUGAGCUAUUCAAGUGUCAUUAAAGAGGUGACAAUCAACGACAAAGCAGUGACUGAUGUCAUGUUCAAUUUACACGAAAAACCACGAUUUACUCAUCAUAAAUAUGCGGCCACGGAAGCCUUUCUGCGAGGUGUCUCCUCAAAGUGUCCAAGCAUCACAAGGCUAUACAGUAUUGGUCAGACUGUACAGUACCGCAACAUCUGGGUCAUGGAGAUCUCUGAUAACCCAGGGGUGCAUGAGGCGGGCGAGCCAGAGUUCAGCUAUGUGGGUGGAAUCCAUGGUAAUGAAGCGGUUGGGAAAGAGAUGCUUUUACUGAUGAUUCAGCAUCUGUGCUUGAGUUAUGGUAAAGAUGACUUGGUGACUCGCCUGGUCAACAGUACUCGUAUACACAUCCUGCCUGUCCUGAAUUCAGAUGGAGCCGAAGUGGCUUCUGAGGGGGACUGCUUGUCCAAUAAGGGAAGAAAUAAUGCAAGGGACGUGGAUAUUAACUCGAAUUUCCCAGGACUCUACGACACCACACGGAAGAUUCAUGAAGCUGAAACUAAUGCCAUGAUGAAGUGGAUCAAGAAAUACCCGUUUGUUCUGUCAGCCAGUUUACACGGAGGCUCGCUUGUAGCAAACUAUCCCUUUGACGCACACCCUGAAGGUCGCACUCUCUCUAACCCCACCCCAGACGAUGAUGUCUUCCGUUACUUAGCAACAACGUAUGCGAACUCACAUCCAUCAAUGCAUUAUGGGAAACCAUUGUGCCCAGGCCCUUCCGUAAGGGAGGAGUUUCCUAAAGGAAUCACAAAUGGAGCGGCGUGGCGAGGCAGUGAGGGUGGAAUGAAAGAUUAUGUGUAUCAAAAUACAAACUGUCUUGAGAUUAGUAUACACAUGGGCUGUUGUAAAUUCCCGUACGCACAAGAGCUGGAGCAUCACUGGAAGGAACAUAAGGAUCCACUCUUCUUUUUUGUGUUUCAGGUGCAUCGCGGUGUAAAAGGCUUCGUGUAUGACGACACAGGUUCUCCUAUACAGAACGCAGUGAUCUCAGUAAGAGGUCGCGAUCACGACGUCACAACAGCCAAAGACGGCGACUUUUGGCGUAUUCUUACACCAGGAACCUAUCAGGUUACCGCGUCGGCUCCAGGGCGGGAAAAAGUGACGCAAGACGUCCAAGUUCAUCCAAAUGAGCCCGCGACACAAGUGAAAUUUACACUGUCCAGUCAAAACCUUGUGUUUGGUCUGCCAAUGGCUGUCAUGGUGGGAAUCAGUGGUCUGGUGACGGUAGUGUUGAUUCUUAUUGUGGUAGGAUUAUGGCGUCUCGUGCGAUACCGAAAACACCUGCAAGUGCGAAGAAAUGGCUACGUGAUGGAUUACGAACAAGAACGAUCGCUCAAUUCGUUUAAUUCCAAGGCACUGCUAAACAAUGAGUAUUCUGAUGAUACAGACGACGAUGAAGAAGAUAUAAUAUUAGAAAAUGUCAGACGAUGAUAGUGGGUCUGUAAAUAACUUAAUUACUAAACAAUUCACGCGAUAAUCUCCGUUGCUGUUGAACAGCGAUACGAGGUUAAAACAUUUUCCUAUCGAAAGUAACUUAGUGUUGUGCUAUUAGGUGGAAAAUGUUGAUAUGCUCCGCGAAAUCUAGAUUCUUGCAACGUAAACUUUAAAUAUUGUCUAUUUUUUUGACAAAAAUACAAUAUAACUCAUCUCAACUGGAGUAUUGACACAAUUUGAUGAUAAAAUUUCCAGUUUCCAAUGUAAUAAGAGGUGUCUUUCUACAAAUAAAUUUGCAAAUAUAUGUUUCAGUGGUGGGAUGGGGUGGGAGAGAAAUGAUGUGAAGAAUUGGGGGUGCUCUUUUUUCGAACUCCUGUUCUCAUUUGAGGUACUCACUUUAUAGCUAACAUGCAUGGAAGCUUUGGAAAAGCAACAUUUUGAAAUAGAUACAUUUUAGCUUGUUGAUGUCAAAACAAAUACUCAUAAUCGAGGUUUAUCACAGACAGUCAGGAAAAGACAAUUAUUGUAUUAUUUCAGAGCUGAUUGAAGGAGUUCUUUUUUCUAAAUUAUCGACCUCCUAAUUUUGAGUGUCUUUAUACCUACUCUACACUCUUUUUUUUAUAAGAAUGUGUACUCGGCUUGUCAUUCCCAGGCUGCCUAUUCCUAUUAUUCGGCCGACUUCAGGUUGAAACUAUCCUUGUGUACAUUCUUUGAUUACAGAGUAAAGUGCAUGUAUUUUAGUUAAAUAAAACGGGUGUGAUCCGGAACUGAACUAUCGAACAGAAUUGUAUGGUGUCUGCAUAGUUUUACGAUGCGCACUAUACUUUUUCAGUGGUGAAAUAAAGUUCAUUUUAAAAGAGGUGA